CAUUUGAAAUCAAAGAUUGCAUAGUAACAAAUAAAAAAAUGACAAACAAUAUCCUAGCUCAACCACUCUCUAACAUAGGCUUCAUCCACGGCUCUACUAGCCGUAUUAGGUAAAAGGAAAUGAAACAGGUCACCUAACUUAAAGAAGAACCUCUCUUUUAGCACAAGUUAACAUAAAUAUACUUGUAACAAGUCAACCAGCUUACUCAAACUAACUUGUGUAGCUUGCUUUACGUUCAGAUUUGAUUUACCAGUUAAAGAACACAGAUUACUCAUUAUUUAGAAUUUAGAAUUUUUGCUAUGCCUUCAGACCCGAUGCCGGUUAACCCGAGAAUCCAUCCAAACCCAACUUCCAUUGUCAUAGACAAAGGAGCAAAACCAACUGUUCCUUUAGUCCCAAGAAACAGCUCGAUUCCAUCAGAUAAAGGAGACGUGAUGGGCAACAAUCAACCCCCUUUUCAACAGUCAUUACCACCAUUUCGUUCUCUUACUAGAACACCAAAGAGGCGAAGCUGUUGUUGCAGAGUUAUAUGCUGCAUAUUAUCUCUACUGCUUGUUUUUCUACUAGUUAUUGGUAUCCUUGUUCUUGUUUUCUUCUUAGUUUUCCACCCUAAAGUCCCUAACUACUCGGUUGAUCGGCUCAGAAUAACCGAUUUCAGGCUCAACUUGGAUCUUAGCCUGUAUGCUAGAUUCAACGUCAGAGUAACAGCAAAGAACCCGAACAAGAAGAUUGGAAUAUACUACGAUAAAGGAGGUAAAAUGAGUGUUUGGUAUAUGAAAACUAGAUUAUGUCAAGGGUCUUUUCCAGCAUUCUACCAAGGUCCGCUCAAUACAACAGCAACUGAUGUCUCACUUUCGGGGCAAAACCAGUAUGGGAAAACUUUGAUGCAGGCGUUGCAGCAGCAGCAGCAGACGGGAAACAUUCCUUUGGAGCUCAAAGUAGAUCAGCCUGUUUCCAUUAGAGUCCAAGGUAUUAAGCUUGGGAAAGUCAGGUUUUUGGUUAACUGCAAGUUGACAGUGGACAGUUUGAACUCCAAUAAUGCCAUCAGUAUUAAAGCUAGUAAUUGCAAUAUCAGGGUUAAACUUUGAAUCAGUUUAUUUAUCAUCUUCUGUUUCUGUUUUCCAUUUAUCCUUAUUCAGUUUAGACUGUAAUCUAAUAUAUAUAUAUACAGGGGAGUUUU